AUUGGUCUCCUCAGUUGCUUCGAGAUUCAGGAAUAUGGUGAAGCAGAAGCGUUCGUCUUGGAAGCGGAUCGAAACAGACGAUGUGGAGGCCGGUCAGAAGGAGGACCAGGUCCGUCGGCAUCUCUCGGGCAAGGCCGGCGACGCCCUGUUCGUGGAGGACACCCAUGGCAGCACAGCGGGUCUAUCGAGAUCGGUGCGGAAGCGAAUGCGGCUGCUCAAGGAGAAGCCCGCCGCCAGGAAGCUGCCCGACCAUGUGCUCAGAAGAAUGGAGCGCGAGAGGCUCCGGAUGGAGCGGCGGGAAAGGCAGAACCGAAACAAGCAGGUGGGCGGACCAGACCGGGUGGGCGAGGUGCGUUCCCUGAUGCAGUCAGUGCUUUUUCAUCUACGUUGGUUGUGUGGUGUGUGUCGUGCAGCUAAGUGCUGAGGACGGUCCGGUGGACUUGUGGGGGUCUUCCACAUUGACGGCACCAGCUCCUUCCCGCCCCUCUGUGCAUCCCAAUGAGCGCAUCAAGGACCGUGUGCGCCGCCGCCAUGAGCCCUUCCGCCCGACGGUCGUGGCGCCCGUUCCUGCUGUGCCGCUGCCCCACCCAGGACAGUCGUACAACCCACACGAACCACACAGACAGGUAGGUACCGCAAUAGCAGUUGUUGCCGCACACACACACGAUGCACAUGGGCGGACAGAGGAAGAAAUGUGUUCCUGCCUGCCUGGUGCGGUUUGUUUGUCUGUCUGUUGGUAUGUGUAUGUGUGUGUGCAGUCUGCUGUGUUUACUGCGGCUGCGUUGGUGAUGGCUCAGGACGACCGGCGGGAGAUGGUCGAGCGAAGCCUCAAGCCGCUGACGGCAUCGCUGGUGAGUGAGUGAGUGGGUAGGUGGAUAGAUGGAUGGGACAAGGGAGCGGGCAGGGAGGUGUGGGUCACUUGUCCUGGUGCUGUGCUGCGUGUGUCUGUCUGUCAGAUGGAUGUGUUGCCUGAGGAGACGGUCAAUCAGAUGGAUGACAAUGACAAAAUACGGGUCGGUCGGCUCACACAUGCAAUCAACCGACAGAGGCAGGCCACUGUGGUGGGCCGGUAUCUCUCUCUCUCUCUCUGUGUGUGUGUGCGUGUGUAUGUGUGUGUGCUGCUGUGCAGGCGUAUCAGUUGCUGCAGGAGGGUCAGGACGCGUCAGCUGUGUCGGCAUGGUUUGAGGGGCAGCUCAUGCGCAAGCGCGUCAAGAAAGAGGGCGGGGACGGCCAGGACAAUGAUGAUGACGACGACGACGACGCCGCUGAUGAAGACCAAGACGAGGAUGAAACCCCUGGAGCUGAUGCUUUGAAGACGGCCAAACAGACAAGUAGGCACCCAGGCACCUAACGCAUAUCUUGGUCGGUGCAUAUGUGUGUGUGCGGUGCUGUGCUGUCUCAGAGUUGGGAGAGAAGAAGACCAGGACGCAGCGCAAUCGUGAGGCAAGGCGCAAGGCGCAGGACCAACAGGUGUGUGUGUGCCAAAGGGCAUCACUCUCACAUGCAUGUGGGUGUGUCUGUCUGUCUGUCUGUCAGCUUCAAGCCAAGUUGGAGCUCAAGAAGCGAAGGCGCGACUUUGAGCAAAUCAGUAAGCUCGUCACACGGUGCGAGGCAGGGAGGGAGGGACCUGAUGGUAAGUAAGUCUGCUCGCCUCGCCCAUGUGCUGUGCCUUCCUCGCAGAGUCACACCUGGAGUCGCUCAAGGCCCUUCAAGAGCAGCGGGCCGCACGGCGGCAGUAUCGGUACGGAUGCAUCCGACUAGUGCAGUGCACCCACCCAUCUGCUCUUGGCCGCCUUCAUGGCUCAUCUGCAGACGGAAAAAGCGCAAUCAAUGCUCUCUCGUGUGUGUGUGUGUGUGCUGAUGAUGUGAUGCAGUGAGUUGUUGAAGCACGAGGCCGAGGAAGCCCAGAAGAGGGGCGAGGCGGCAGCCGCCAAACGACUAGGAAGGGUAACCGACAGACCAGCAGCGCAAUCACCCCAACAAACAUUAAUUCCAGACUUUCUAUCGUCUUCCUGUGUGUCAAAUCCCUUCAGCAUGUGUAUCGAGAGGCGCCGCCCGACGUGGUGCUGAGCGAGGACGUCAGGGGCUCGUUGCGGUCAGCCAAGGUGAGUGGAUCGGCCAUCGCUGACCGAGCCCAGUCCAUCUACCGCCGUGGGCUGCUGGAGGCGCCGCCCAAGGGCCGGCAGCACUACAGCCGCAAGGUGCGCAAGACACUCAAGCACAAGGAGAACCCCCUGAUCAGACGGUACCAGCCGGCCUUGUUCUAGCUGACAUGACAACCAAGGCAGAUAGAUUGUGUGUCGAGCGAUUUGCGCGUGCUUGUUUGCUGUGUCGAAGGCUGGACUUGAGAGAGGUGUGUGAUACAUCGAUGCGCGACAUGUGAGUGCGACAGGACAGCAUCCUGGUGGCUUCGGGUGCAUGGACUCAGCGUUCACAGCCAGAAGAGUCCAUUGAGUUACACAAAAACCAGGCCCACACAGCAAUCGGUGGGCUCCUUGGUGCACACCAGCCUCAGACAUCAUGGAGCCUGGCUAGUCUACACGGCGGCCGAAAAAUAACAGCGCCUGCCUGCC